CUUCUCCACCAUUUCUCUCCCUCACGUAAUGGAGUCUUUGAAGAAGCUCAGCCAUGACCCUCUGCUCGAUUCCACCCUCCCUUCCAGUGUCCUCUCAAAGCAUCUACGUUCAACUUUCAUGGAGCUUCUAAGAUUUUCCACUCUCAUACUUGUAACAUCCAUCGAAGCAUCCUUCAUUUUUCAAAAUGGGAAAUCUAUUGAUCUCCACUUCCACUUCCACUUCCUCUUCCUCUCUUGUUUCAUCCUCAAACACCUCCUCUCAAAAGCUCCGCCAGUUUAUCUAGUUGACUUUUCAUGUCUCAAACCGCCAAGCUUCUGCAGAGUCCCCUUCUCCUCCUUCAUUGAAAACACUUCCAUGAUUGAAGCCUUCGACUCUGAAAGCGUCUCUUUCAUGGCUAAAGUCCUCACUUCUUCAGGACUAAGUGACGAAACCUGUUUGCCCCCUGCUUUACACUAUCUCCCACCGAAAACCAAUCAACAAGAAUCUAUCAAAGAGGUCCAUAUGCUGCUCUUCCCCGUCAUGGAAGACCUUCUGUCAAAAACUAGACUCUCUCCUAGUGACAUAGAUAUUCUUAUAGUAAACUGUAGUGGAUUUUGCCCCUCUCCAUCGCUCUCUUCCAUUAUCAUAAACAAAUACUCCAUGAGAAGUGAUAUCAAGAGCUAUAAUCUCUCCGGCAUGGGGUGCACCGCAAGCCUUAUCGGCAUUCAAAUGGCUCAAAGUCUUCUGAAAAUUCACAGAAACUCUAAUGCUGUUGUUCUCAGCACUGAAAUCUUGUCUACCGGUUGGUAUUCAGGCAAUGAGCGGCCCAAGUUGCUCCUCAACUGCCUCUUCAGAAUGGGCAGUGCGGCCAUUUUGCUUUCCAAUAGAAAAGAAGCAAAAAAGUCUUCAAAGUACAAGCUUUUUCGAACGCUGAGGACCCAAAGAGCCUCUGAUGACAAGGCUUAUCUUGCAGCAUUUCGAGAGGAGGACUCCAAGGGAAACCUUGGGUUUACACUAAAGCGAGAUUUACUACAAGUUGUCGGAGAAACGCUCAGAUCGAACAUCACUGUUCUUGGUUCCUCAAUCUUCCCCUUGUCGAAGAAAGUUUGGCCUACUGUCUCAAUUUUAAGGAAAAAAUUCAUAGACAAUUCUAGCGAAGUCUACGUGCCAAAUUUUAAGAGUGUGAUACAGCAUUUUUGCUUGCCAACUUCAGGGAGACAAUUGAUAAGAGAGAUAGGGAAAGGGUUAAAGCUUGGAGACAGAGAGAUGGAGCCUGCAUUGAUGACACUACAGAGGUUUGGGAACCAGUCAUCUUCCUCGUUGUGGUAUGAGUUAGGUUACUUGGAAGCCAAGGAAAGAGUGGAGAAGGGUGACAAGGUUUGGCAACUAGGUAUGGGGAGUGGGAUCAAGUGCUGUAGUGUGGUUUGGGAGUGUCUAAGGCCCGCCGUUGGGGAGUCCAAGAGAGGCGCAUGGGCGGAUUGUAUUGCUCGGUAUCCGAUCGUGGCCGUUGAUCAAGGAAUUUAAUUAGCUGAUCGAUCAUACGGGGAACCAUGAUCAUGCGUUUCAUUUAUUGAGGUUCAGAAUUUGAAUAUAUUUGUUUCAACUUUUCAAUUUCAUGGGGAA